GUCACACAAUUUCAUAAAAUUCACAAAUAACAAAAUUUCGUUUAGGAACUUUACCACAAAGAAUAAAAAACACAACAGCCAGUGCAUGAUUGCCGAUUUAAGGACUUUAGGUACCCACUGCCAAAUCGAAUGGCUUCAGAGGAGCGGGAUGGGGAUUAUGUUCUCCAGUUGCAUCCCGAGGAAAUCAGGGAAAAUGAUGGACAACUGCCCAAGGAAAUCCAGCGAUGUUCUGGUCUAGAUUAUAACGAUUUUUUCUGGCGUUAUAUGCACAAGAAUUUUCCGGUUAUCAUAACCGACGUAUCCAACGACUGGGAAUGCCAGAACUGGACUGUACUCCAGGAAUCUCGGGAUCUCAACUUCAAUCCGAGUGCAUCUUCCAUUAACUUUGACUACCUCAAAAGCAAGAUCACCAAUUGCCCGGUUCCAGUCGCCGAUUGUAACUCAUCGUACUUUAAUAGCCAUACUAAACUGGAGCUGAACUUUUACGAUUACCUGGAUAAAUGGAAAAACGGACUUGAAAAUCAAUUACCAUCAUCGUUGGAAGUCAAUAGUAAUGUAAGUCCCAGAAGCAGGGACAAUCUCUACCUCAAAGACUGGCAUCUGGCUGCCCAAAUGCCAGACUAUAACUUCUACAAGGUGCCUAAGUAUUUUGCCUCUGAUUGGCUCAACGAACAACUUAUUGAUCAAAAGAGGGACGAUUACCGAUUCGUGUAUAUGGGACCCAAGAACUCAUGGACCUCCUAUCAUGCGGAUGUGUUUGGCUCCUUCAGUUGGUCCACUAAUAUUGUGGGUCUUAAAAAAUGGUUAAUAAUGCCCCCAGGAGAAGAGCUCAAACUGAACGAUCGCUUGGGAAAUCCACCAUUCAGCAUAGACGAAAAAUUGUUAGAUGAACACAAUGUCCGAUAUUACACCAUCAACCAGCGGGCUAAUGAAGCAGUUUUUGUGCCCAGUGGUUGGUUCCACCAGGUGUGGAAUCUAACGGACACCAUAUCGAUUAAUCACAACUGGUUCAAUGCCUGCAAUAUAUCCAUGGUUUGGCAAAACCUCAGGAACAACUUGAAAGCCGUGUGCGAAGAGAUCUCCGACUGCCAGCAGAUGGAUAAUUUUGAGGCCCACUGCCAGACAAUGCUGAGGGCCAGCUUUGGCAUCAACUACCUCGAUUUUAUAGAACUUCUGGAGUAUAUAGCCACUCGCCGAUUGGCUGAGGAAACCACCAAAUUUUUACUAUUUGAUAGCUACAGAAUGAAUCAUUAUCAUGUGCAAUACGAUCUCGAGUGUUUAAGGCAUAUUACGAAGACAUUGACAGAGGAUCCAACUAUUCAACGUAGUCCCCUUCAAUUAGAAGACCGCUGCCAUCAAUUGCUCGCCCGAUUGAAACUUUAGUAAUAGCACAUGGAAAAGGCCUUGGCAUAUUUUUAUACCAAACUUGUAUUCAUAUACAACCGAUAGUCGUAAUAUUUUAAUACAGACAUUUAAAAACCAA